CACCCCAGCCGGUUAUAGAGGCAUUUUCUCCAGCCUCUCCCUCUCAUCACUGCUGCAGUGUCUCAGUGCUUCAGUCUCUGACCUUCCACAGGGACCAUGCAAGCAUUUGCUCCCAGGUUGUAUCUGACUCCGGUCAGGGAUGAAGAAGCAGAGUCUCAGAGGAAAGCAAAGUCCCGUCAUGCCAGACAAACCCGCAGGUCAACACAGGGUGUGACUCUGACGGACCUGAACGAGGCCAAGAAGACCAACAGCUUGUCUCCUCAAGACAGAGAGAAGGAGGAAGGAGGCCCUCUGGAUGACAGGUCCUGUCUGAGGAAAGGCUUUCCAGAUGACAGGAGAGUUAAAAUUGGCCUGACAGAGUCUGCAGACACGGCAGAGAUCAGUCUGAAAUGCACAAUGGACGAGGAGGGCAACAUUGAACCGAGGUUAGAAACCCUUGCUGAGUCUCCAGACCCGACGUAUUUAUCUGCUGCUGGAUCCUGUGGUGUGCCUUACUGCAACAGCUCCUACAGAGUUGGUGAGCGAUGGUGGCGAGAUGAGAAUCAGAACCCUGUUGAAGAUGCAGCACAGCUGGCAGGUGAUGCAACACAACAAAGGCACCACUGCUGUGAUGUUGAGGAUUCAGACUACAAAGCAGAGCAUGACAGACUGUCAAGGUAUGAUUCCAGUGGAGAGAGCGCGACAGACAAACCAAUGGGCCGAACCAGCUCGUACACUCGGAGAGAGACGAGGCUGGCCGCUCUGAAUCGACAGGAGCAAGACUCCACUGCCAAAGACUAUAAGAAGAUGUACGCAGAAGCUUUGCAUGAGAAUGAGAGACUCAAGUCCAGGCUGCAUGACAGCAAACAAGAGUUAGUGAAGAUACGUUCCCAGCUGGAGAAAGUCACCCAGAGACAUGACAGGAUAUCAGAAAGAUCUACGGUACUUGAAUCGGAGAAAAGGGAAAAACAAGCUCUUGAGAAAAGGGUGUCAGACAUGGAGGAGGAAAUAAAGGCUUUCCCUGCUCUGGCUCAGGUCCAGGCCUUGCGGAGGGUGAACGAGUGUCUCCUGGCUGAGAAUAGAGCCAUGCUGCGCGUCCUCGCCCGCCUCUCCGAGACGGCCUCCAUGCCGGAGACAGAGGACCUCUGAUCCUCUACGAUCGUCUCCUUUCCUCUUCCCCUCCUCUUCCCUUCCUCAGCCACAUAACUUCUACACUCCUCUUUCCUUCUGGCGCCUCUUCAGCCCCUCGUCCUCUGCUGUGUUCCUCUCAGGCAGAUCUUAACAGAGCUCAAGUCAGACAACCAGAGGCUAAAGGAUGAGAACGGGGCUCUCAUUCGAGUCAUCAGCAAGCUGUCCAAAUGAAAACAAGUCUGAAGUGCCUGUUCUGUGUCUGUGGAUGCUCCAACCCUGAUAUGGCAGUUUAAUUAUCCACGAGGCCCCAGGUUCUGACUCCUUUCUGAGUUACUGAACGGUGAUGGGCCGCUUUGGCUGCGUUUGCAGAAACAGAUUCUGCUAAUUCCUGUUGGAACUCGUGAAGAUCCAAAGAGAAGUGUUAUUAAGUUUCAGUCAAAUUUCACAGAAAGCAGUGAGUCAGUACAAUAGUCUCUUCUUGAUUUGUCAUGGUUUUUUGGAAUAUUUUUCACAUGUUUAAAAUAGGGACCAGAUGUUUGGAUGACAUUUGAAGGCCCAGUAGAACAAACGCUGGGGUUUGCAUGAGGAUACUGUAUUAUAUCAACACAUCACAUUGAGAAUUCACGUUUGUUGCUACAUUGUCACUGCAUUUAAGUGUUUAAAUAUUAUCUUAAUUAUCAAAAAUAGACUCAGACUGUACUGAGAUGAGAGAUAAAACCUCCAGUUUCAUUUUUACAUGAAAUGUUAGAAAUAUAUUAACUCGUUUGAUAAAUAAGUUUGAAACAUUUUCACUCCAUGUUACAGCUAUUGAGGCUUCAUAAGACGCGCGUUUAGGGUUGUAUUUUCCUCGACUGACAACUUUCUCAGGUUUGUCACUCAGCUGUGCCUGCUUGCCACAAUUCAGUGCCUCCCUAAAGUGGAUUUUAUGGCUCUGAGUUAGAUAAACAGCAAACCCAAGACUUCUCUUUGGAAACCUGCGGGUGUUUUUCUACUGUUUUCAAAUACAGCUUGUGGUCCAGUUGUUUUAGGACCCAGGAAUAUACAAACAAACGACGAGUCUUUGUCAAACCUACAAUUCCAAGUGGUCAGAUGAGCAUUUUAAUCCAGUUUGUACCAUUUUUGAAAAUUACAUUUUGCUAGUAUUAGAGAAAUGUGUUGUUUUUUUUUACCCAGCAUGUGACAGUGUCCCCACUGUAUUCAGCAUGUGAAAGAGACUUGAAAGGCAGAGUACUGAGUAGAUGCACUUAGCAGAGUGUGGACGGUGGUGAUCUUUGAUCACUAGCGACCCUAUGACAUUCACAAUGGUACAGUUUCCAUGAGAACAUGAUGUUAUGGUCGCCAGAUUCUUUGCGUGUUUUCAGUUGCCAUGCUUCAUUUUUCUGUUUCGACGUCCUUCAUAGAGGAUUUAUAUUUGUUUUGAUCCCGUAGCUCAUCUUCAACAACUGAACGGCUGAACAGAGGAGACACUCCGAGUGUGUGUUAAUGAAAAUGUCCUAUCUUUUGUUUUGUAACAGAGAUAUAUUUAUUUAUUUAUGGAUUUAUUAGAUUUGAUCUUUAUACUUUGUUUAUUCGAUUUAGUUUCAAAGGAAUACACAGACUAUGUUGGUCAACUUUGUGUCAGGCGAUGAAAAUGCAAAUACCAAAAUCAUUCACUUCGGUCAUUGCUAUGAAAAAUAAAUCACUUCUGACGCUUCAGUCUCAGCAUCCUCAGUAUGGUCUAAAAUAUUAAACACAAUCCAGGGUAUCAAGAUUCAAAAUAGUGUGAGUGCUUUUAAUUAUGUGGGGAACAGUCAUUUAGUACAACAUCAUUUUAUCAUGUGCACCUAGCAACAUCUAUUACAAUCCAGUAUCACAGUCCUGUAAUAAAUCUAACCUUUAUUAAGUUUUAAUUGGGUUUUAUUCUGGCGGCCAUAUUUACUGGUGCUACUGCAGUGAAAUGUUUCUCAAUAUGUGGGAGCUACAAUGUAUUUGAAAGAACAGUUUGCAGGAGGAAAAAAAGGAAAAACAUAAAAGACAUCCUUAGUUUAGCUCAAAACAUGACGUCUUAUACAUGACAUUUAAUGUAGAAAUCUGUCACACUCAGCUUCAAAUUUGCACUAAAAUUCCUUUAGAGUCACUGUAAGUAGCGAACCAGAUUCAUGAAGGAUUUUGGUAAAUGUCUUCGCCUCGCUUAACGGGUUAGUUGACCCAAGUCCUCAAUGUUUCAUGUAUUCCUUGAACAAUGUGAUGGUUUUGGAGUCCAACCAGGGCAGCAUGCUGUAACACUGGUGUUGUGUUCAGUCACAGUAACUGAUUUACUUAGAAAUAAGCUACAGUUAAGUGUCUGCUAUUUGUACAUGAACAGUGUGAAAUGUGUUGAAUGAUGGCUUAAAUAUGCACACAUUGGUUUAUUCACUUUGCUUAAUAAAGUGUUAAAGGGUGAA